AUGUCCACCCUCACAAUCCACGGUCUUACAAAAGGCCAAAUAGACGAGAAGAUUCUCCUCUUAACCCACAACCUCAUAAAUAUCCACGACACAACCGGCGAGUUCCUCCUCAAACUAGACGACGGCCGCAUCAUCGACACCAAAGGUUGGGAUGGCUGGGAAUGGACGCAUGGCAUUGGAUUGUACGGACUAUGGCACUACUACACCCUCACAGGCUCCACCGCCACCCUAGACAUCAUGAAAGGGUGGUUUGAGAAGCAGCUAGGCAAGGGAACGACCAAGAACAUCAACACCAUGAGCCCAUUUCUGACGCUCGCGUUCCUAUACGAGGAGACGGGCAACAAGACUUUUUUGCCUUGGUUAGAUACAUGGGCGGAGUGGGUCAUGCAUGGACUGCCCCGGACAAAGUUUGGCGGCUUCCAACACGAAACGUACAAUUCCUUCAACAAGGACGAGUUGUGGGACGACACGCUCAUGAUGAGCGCUCUCCCCCUCGCGAAAAUCGGCUUAACCCUGAACCGCCCAGAGUACGUGGAGGAAGCAAAGAGGCAGUUCCUGCUGCACUGCCAGUACCUGUUCGACACAUCCACGGGCCUCUUCUACCACGGCUGGAAAUGGGAGGACAAAGAGGGGUCGCUGGAAGUCGGCCACAACUUUGCGAAGGCGCGGUGGGCAAGGGGAAACUCGUGGCUUACGAUUGCUAUCCCGGACUUCAUUGAGCUGCUUGAUCUGAAGGAGUCGGAUCCGCUGCGCCAGUUCCUCAUCGGCAUCCUCGAAUCGCAGUGCAAAGCGCUCGUCAAACUGCAGGCGGAGAACGGCAUGUGGCGCACGCUGCUGGACAUUCCUGUAUCCGACGGCUCGUAUGAGGAGGCGUCUGCCACAGCUGGGUUUGCCUAUGGCAUGUUGAAGGCGGUUAGGAAACGGUAUAUCAGCGGGGAUGUGUACUUGGAGUCGGCGGUCAAGGCUAUCAAAGCGGUGAUUGGCAAGAUCAACCCCGAAGGAGAGUUGUUGGAGGUCAGCUUCGGCACGGCCAUGGGCCACGAUCUGAAGCAUUACAAGGACAUUGCGUUGACGAGUAUGCCGUAUGGACAGGCCAUGGCUAUCAUGGCGUUGGGAGAGUUCUUGAGGACGUUCAUCUAA